AUGGCCAGGCUGCGAUGGGUGGUUUGUGCGACGAGCUUCAUCGUGAUGUCACUGAUGCAAGGCAGCGACGCCUUAAAUACCUGCCCGAAGGGUAGUACCAUGGAGCACCCGGCCGACUGCCAGAAGUAUCUGGAAUGCAUGGACAACAAGCUCAUGCUGCUGACGUGCUCCGACGACUACUACAACGCAACGAGCGGUUCCUGUUCAGCGUAUGCCCCAAGUGAUUGUGACUUACGCAAAGAGCAACCGAACCUGGCCCGCAGCGACGGAACCUACCUUGGCUACGCUGUUGUGGACCCAUGCGCUCCAUACAGGCCUGGAUUUAAAUUGCCGCAUCCGGAAAAUUGCCAAAAGUUCUACCAAUGCACUCAGUCAGGAGCAGCGCUGUUCAACUGUCCGGCAAAUCUGAAGUUCCACGCCGUUUUGAAGGUUUGUGUUUGGCCACAGCAAGCGCAAUGCGUUCCGAGUUCAACAAAUCCGCCACCCACUCCUUCACCACCCACUCCGGGACCUCCCAUUUCGACAACACCUUCCGAUGAUGCCGAUGACGACGGUAAUCUGCCGGAUGAUUUGUGUGAGCCUGGUUGCUUCCUCGAUCUGCGAUGUAGUGUCGACUGUGAUCCGAUCUUCCCGCCGGCUGUGUUCCCACAUCCUAGCCGCUGUGAUGCAUACUUCAGUUGCAACACUAACGGAUAUGCGUGCGUACGAGAGUGUCCUCCCGGCAUGUGGUUUAGUUCCACGUUUCAGAGGUGUGUAAGUACGAUUUUGGUUGAAAAUGAAUGCACUCCAUACACGCCUCCCGAAUGCAAAGAUCCUGUGUGUGUGCCGCAUCCGGAUUGCCCCGUCCCCGACACUGAUCCUCCCACAGUACUGGAACAUCCGGAUAGCUCCGAAAAGUACUACAUUUGCCGGGAUGGUUCUGCGUGUGAAAUGAGGUGUCCACCAGGACUCGAAUGGAGCAUUGUUACGCAACAAUGCGAUGUUCCUCCGGGAGAUAUUGAAACGACAACGGAAGAGCCUACAACAACAACCACAGUAGCACCCACAACAACGACCACAGUGGCACCAACAACAACAACCACGGUAGCAACCACAACAACGACCACAGUAGCACCCACAACAACGACCACAGUAGCACCCACAACAACGACCACAGUAGCACCCACAACAACGACCACAGUGGCACCAACAACAACAACAACCACAGUAGCACCCACAACAACGACCACAGUAGCACCUACAACAACGACCACAGUAGCACCCACAACAACGACCACAACGGAACUUACAACUCUAACGACACCCGGUGUAGAUUGUCCUACGUGUCCACCCUCGAACUGCGUACCGGACAGUAGAUGUCCUCUGUGCGAAAAAUGCAUACCUACCUUUUUCCCGCACGAAAAAUGCGACAUGUACUAUAAGUGUAACUUUGGAAUGAUUUGCGAAAUGAGGUGUCCUCCCGGAUUGCACUUCAACUGGCGCGAGAACGUGUGCGAUUGGCCGGAGCAAGCAGGUUGCGAGUUUCUACCGGAUGUUCCGAAUCCUCCAAUCCCUCCGCCAGUUUCCGUCUGCCAUCCACAUCCCAGCUGCCCGGCUGGUGAUAGCACUGAGACGUUCCUGCCUCACCCGAACGAUUGCACGCUCUUCUACAAGUGCAGCUGGGGUAAAGCCUGCCUGAAGGAAUGCCCCGAUGGGCUGCACUGGAGCGUUACUCAAAUGCGCUGCGAAUGGCCAUUCCUGGCCGGGUGCGACCCCAAUAUACCCCCCGCCGAUCCGAGCUGCCCCACGUGUCCGUGUGUGCCCUGCCGAUCAAACCGGAACAGAUGCCAGCCGUCUUCGCGAUGCCCUCCGGCCAGCAUGCCCAGCUUUACGAUAAGCUUCGGUCACGAGCGCAACUGCAAUCAAUUCUAUGAGUGCCUGUCUGGGCAGGCGUGCGUUCUCGAGUGUCCCCGCGGGCUGGAAUACAGUGGUGGCGUGGAACGUUGCGAUGAACCCGCUAAGGCUCAAUGCAAUCGCCAUUGGGGUCUCCCGGGGGGUCGCUCUGACGAUGCUGAUGAUCACUAA